UCAAAAUGUAAUAAGUAGUAGUUUGCUGUCAGCUGAAAUGAACAUUCAAAUAUGUGCGUUUGUUAUCGUUAGUUGAACGUCGAUUCCCGAAUGGGAAGUCCUUUAAUGUCGAUGAAAGUAGGACGACGAUUUUUAGUGUUGGGAUCCUAUGGGGGCCCAUAUUGCCUUAUUUGGGAAUCGUCCCCUUAAUAGUUUGCUAGUCCUGUAAACUCAACCCUUUGGUCCUUCAUUUCCAGUCGGGUAUUGAUGAUUGCCUUACGUGAUACAGUGUGACAAGGUGAUUAGUUAUGUCAAUGGAACAUCCUAAUUUGCCACCUCCACCACUGCUGCCUCCUCCUCCUCCACCACCUCCUCCUCCAGUGCCAGGACCUUCAGUGCCUGGGAAGAAGAAGCUCUAUCAGGCCAUAGCUGAGGGAAAGGCCCCUGUAGAGGGGGACCAUGAGGAGGCUCUGUGCCUUCUCAAGCAAAGGGACACUGGCUUUAGGAAGGACCUACAGUGGUUGCUGCUCAACAAAUAUGUGCCUUCUCUUAUUCAGGAUGGCCCGCAGUGUGGUUUAGUGGCCUUGUGGAUGGCAUCACAAUUGCUGCAGCCAGCAAGGAACAUUUCCAUGGAUGUGGUAGUUGAAACAGCACUGACGAAGGGUUAUACUGUGCAAGGGGAGAUGUUUUCAGCCAAGGACAUGGCCUCACUUGCACAGGAGGUCAGCGGGUGUAAAGCAGAGCUUCUGAGAGGGGGGAUGGAUGGGGUCAACGGCCCCCGAAUCCUGAGGCAUCUCAUCGAGGGACAGCCUGUUCUCAUACCAUAUGAUGAGGACUUCAACCAUGAGCCCUGUCAGCGCAGUGGUCACAGAGCGCACUGGGCAGCGGCAUCAGGUAUAUUGGUGGGUUUGACCAUUAACAGCUUGGACAUCAGGCAGCUCCUCUCGGACCCAUCUCUUCCCUGGGUCUUCAUGCCUCGUGAAGGAGACCCUCCUCCUGUAUGGUCCAUGGACAGUGUGCAAGAUGUGUAUGUGUUAGCUAAGCAGGGCAAAAGCCUACGAUAUCAGUUGUGGAACCUUGGAGUUGUGACUGAAAGCAAUCGGCAACUCCGAGAGUUGGAUCCGCAGCGGGCAAAAGAUGGGACAAGCUAUGUGCUGCCCCCUGGUGGUGUGGAAGUGGGAUUAGCUGGCCAGGUGGUGCUUCUCCACACCAAAACACCAGCUUCCUGAGAGUCCAGUCAACUAAAACAAAAAGGACACACCCCAAAAGAAGUUGCAGUAGUAAUGUUUGAUAGUUUUAUUACUCUCCUGCAUCAUAUCAAUGCAUACCUUCAUAGAUUAAGUGGAACAUACCUUUUUCAAAGUAAAAGGCUAAGUUUGGACUAAUAUUAAAGUGCUGUGGUCUUGUUUAAAAUUGUAUAAAUAUUGGAGGAUCUUUGUUCACCUAUUCAACAUAUCCAGUGUCUUUUUCCAACAUUUGUUGACUCAAUCUGUAUAUUAAAAGUGAAUAUUCAAUGAA